AUUCUUCUCCCUCUUUUAUUCUCUCUCCUUUCAGCACCACAAUCAUCCCCCCUUAUAAUCCUCUCAUAUUUCACAAUGGGUUUCACCGACUUCGUUUCUGACGCUGGCCUCACCAUUGCCAACACCUUCUUCGGCUCUCGCAGCUAUGUUGUUGGCACCUCUCCUUCCCAGGCCGAUGUCGUGACCUUCAAGGCCUUCUCCAGCGCCCCUGACGCUGAGAAGUACCCCAACGUUGCCCGUUGGUACAAGCACAUUGCCUCUUACGAGCCCGAGUUCGGCAGCCUGCCCGGUGAUGCCUCUAAGGAGUUUACUGCCUACGGUCCCGAGGGUGCUGAGCUCCCUACCAACCCCAAGGACAAGCCCGCUGCUGAGGAUGAUGACGACAUGGAUCUCUUUGGCAGUGACGAGGAGGAGGAUGAGGAGGUUGCCAAGAAGCACGCUGCCAACCUUGCUGCAUACAAGGCCAAGAAGGAGGCCAAGGGUCCUAAGCCGGCCGCCAAGUCCAUUGUCACUCUCGAAGUUAAGCCUUGGGAUGAUGAGACUAACCUCCAGGAGAUGGAGGCCAACGUUCGCGCUAUCGAGAAGGACGGUCUCGUUUGGGGUGCCUCCAAGUUCGUCGCUGUUGGUUUCGGUAUUAAGAAGCUCCAGAUCAACAUGGUCGUCGAAGAUGAAAAGAUCUCCAUCGACGAGCUCCAGGCCCAGAUCGAGGAGGACGAGGACCACGUCCAGUCUACCGAUGUCGCUGCUAUGCAGAAGCUGUAAAUGAAAUGACCAUUAUAAUGAAUGUCAAUUGAGUGAUGACGACGUUGCCGGUAUCAAGGAAAAUAUUUAUGUCAUGAACUUGAAUGCCUAGAAUGUGGCCAGGCAAUCCUGGUUAUCUUAUGAACUAAAAUCAACAUUAUACCCGACAAGC